AUGAUGAUUAUCCUCGAAGACAUUUCAUCAGUUCGCGUGUGGCCACGAAAUAUCCUCACGGAAGCGUACGAUGUAGAUGACGGGUUAUGCGACCUCGGGUCGCUCAAGUCGUACAUGUAUUUGUUCGGAAAGGCACCCAUAUCUUACAACUUUUGGGAGGUAAUAUAUCACCAGGUUCCUGGCUCGGGCCAGACGGUGAAGGCGCUGGUCUUCAUCUCUCCUCCACGGGAAUACCACACUGGCCGCAAACAAGAAUUCUGCUUCCAGUUUCGCGAACGAAAAGGCACCGGGUCCAUGUUUGUUAUCAUCCGAACAUCGGAGGCAACGCACGCGUGGGCAUUUUUGAUUCUUGUCCAGGCACAGUCUUGUUUCACUCAGUCCAUGGUAUAA